GUCAAGUGUCAAAAAUGGCUGUCACCGGUUUGACGUUGCGCUCCUCUUGUAUUUUAUUAUUUUCUACAAUUUUAUUAAUAUUAUCACUAAAAAAUGUCCUGGGAAACCUAAAUAAUCCAACUAUCGGUGUACAUAGACGUUUUGAAUACAAAUAUUCAUUCAAGCCACCAUAUUUAGCGCAAAGAGAUGGCACAGUUCCAUUCUGGGAGUACGGUGGAAAUGCUAUAGCAAGUGCGGAGAGUGUUCGUGUGGCUCCAUCGCUGCGCUCCCAGAAGGGUGCUAUUUGGACGAAAUCGAAGACUAACUUUGACUGGUGGGAUGUUGAAAUCGUGUUCCGGGUAACAGGUCGAGGUCGAAUUGGUGCCGAUGGUUUGGCUUUCUGGUACACGCAAGAGAAAGGUGACUACAAUGGACAGGUCUUUGGUUCGUCGGAUCAAUGGAAUGGUCUUGGUUUAUUCUUCGAUUCGUUCGAUAACGACAACAAACACAAUAACCCAUACAUCAUGGCUGUGGUGAAUGAUGGAACAAAACAAUUCGAUCACCAAAAUGAUGCCACGACGCAGCUUCUCUCAGGAUGUCUUCGAGACUUCAGGAACAAGCCUUUCCCCACCCGUGCUCGCAUUGAGUAUUACAAUAACGUCUUGACCGUGCUGUUCCACAACGGAAUGACCAACAAUAACGAAGACUAUGAGAUGUGUUUGCGCGCAGAUGGUGUGUACCUUCCAAAGAAUGGAUACUUUGGUGUGUCUGCGGCAACUGGUGGUCUCGCUGAUGAUCAUGAUGUCUUCCAUUUCCUUACAACAUCUCUGCAUGCUCCUGGUCAGUUCACCCAACCAGCGGGCACACCUGAGAAUUCUGAAAAACUGACGCAGGAAUUCAAAGAGUACCAAGACAAACUAGACAAACAGAAGGAGGACUACCGCAAAGAUCAUCCUAAUGAGGCAAAACAUGACGAAGAAUGGGAAGAAUUCUAUGAAUCGGAUAAUCAACGAGAAUUGAGACAGAUUUGGCAAGGACAAAGUCAAAUCGGCGAGACACUGCGAGAGCUCUCUCGUAAAAUGGAUGAAGUAAUUGGAAGGCAAGAAAAUACCCUGUCCUUGGUGUCUCGUGGAUUGGGUGGUGCUCAGCAGGCAGCUCCAGUCGCUGGACAACAACCUCCAGCAAUUCAGGGAACAGCCUCUGUUGGUUCAAUUAGCCGAAUUGAUGUAGAUAUGAUGUUGAAUAACCAAAAUAUGCUUAUCAACACUAUUCGAGAGAUAAGGACUCUGGUUGGAGAGAUUAACACUCGUUCAGAUACGAUUAUCAACAAUCAAGCAAAAGCGCCAACUGCUUCGAUUCAGAGUGCUUCAGGCUAUGACGUCCAGGCGUUAGUUGUAGAAAUGCGUGACGGUCUCAAUCAAGUUAAACAAGGCAUGACAGUCGUUGGUCAAAAACUUAAUUCACCAAAUGCAUCGCCACUUGCAUCGUGUCCCUCUGGCAAUUGUGUUGGCAUAACACUAUUCCUUUCCGUGACAGCUGUCCAGCUUCUUUUGGUGCUUCUGUACAAUGUUUACAGAAGCCGGUCUGAAGCUCAGGCGAAAAAAUUCUACUAAGCCAAAUCGAAUAUUGGGGAUCUUUUCAAACAAAAAAAAAAUAUUCAAGUUUUCAACUUUUUUUAUACACAUCUCAAAUCAAAACGUAAACGUAAACGGGAAGAAGAUAAAAGAUCCUAAAUUUGGAGGCUUGUAUCCGAAAAUCUUUUAAAUAUAGGUCAAGUUUAGUACAGAGGAAAUAGAAGUAAAAAAAUAUUAGUCAACUCGUUAAUUUGAAAGAACUGUAAAUGUGUGCAGUACAUCUCGUCAUUCCAUAUAAAUAAACUUUAAGCAAAAAGAAUAAAAACAGAAAAAUUUAAAUAAAACAAAAAAAAAAACAAAAGAACAAGAAUCUUCAUCAUUCAUUAAGUUGUUGUAGAUGUACGUGUACACAAAACUCUACAAAUAUUGCUAGUUGUCUUAUUUUUAUUUACUUGCAGCUAGUUCUUUUUUUGUUAAACAAAAAUAAUUGUAAUUAGCUCUAUCAAAAGAAAAGCCGAAUUGUUAUGUGAUUUAAAUCAUUAAUUUUUUUUUAAAUUAGAAACCGAAAGUGUCUGUUUUCUAUUGUGUUUCUUUUAUUUUCUUUUUUUGACAUAAGAAAAUAAUAAUUAUAUUGUGAAUUUGAAGGUUUAAAAACAA